CACAGAUAACAGCAUCACUCAUCAUCUUCAAACUUACAAUUUAAUCUCUCAAUGGCAAAGAAAAACCAACUCCAAAAUCAAAUGCUCCCUCCUCCACAGCCUGUUGCAUAUUCUUGGGGAAUCAGAAACACCUUCCAUUUCCUCAUUGCCCUCCUCUUUGCCCUCCUCCUCAUUGUCGCAGUAUAUCUAAACCAAAACAGGGGUGACCUAAUAGAAGAAAGAACUACUAGUAAAACUUCAGGUGACUUGUUGUCUAGGUGUAAUUUGUUUUCUGGCAAAUGGGUUUUUGAUAACAAAUCUUACCCUCUGUACAAAGAACAAGAAUGUACUUUCAUGUCUGAUCAGUUGGCUUGUCAGAAGUUUGGUAGAAAAGACUUGAGUUAUCAAAAUUGGAGAUGGCAACCUCACCAAUGUGAUCUUCCAAGGUUCAACGCAACUGCAUUGCUGGAGAGGCUAAGGAACAAGAGGCUUUUGUAUGUUGGGGAUUCAUUAAACAGAGGACAAUGGGUUUCAAUGGUGUGUCUUGUGGAUUCAUCUAUUCCUUCAGAUAAAAAAUCCAUGCACCAGAAUGGUUCUUUGGCUACGUUCAAGGCCAUUGAAUAUAAUGCAACAAUUGAGUUCUACUGGGCGCCAUUACUGGUGGAAUCAAACUCAGAUGAUCCAGUAAAUCACAGAGUAGCUGAACGGACUGUUAGAGUUCAAGGAAUUGAAAAGCAUGCUAGGCAUUGGACUGAUGCAGACAUACUCGUUUUCAAUUCCUAUCUUUGGUGGAGAAGGUCCCAAAUGAAAGUUCUAUGGGGAUCCUUUGAUAACCCAGAUGGCAUUUACAAAUUUGUAAAGAUGCCUAGAGUUUAUGAGAUGGCUCUGAAGACAUGGUCCGAUUGGCUAGAGGUGCACAUUGACCCAUCCAGACAACAAUUGUUCUUUGUCAGCAUUUCACCGACUCACCAAAAAGCACAGGAGUGGGGUGGAGCAGAAGAAGAAAAUUGUUACGGUGAAACAGAGCAAAUCUUCAAAGAGGGAUACAGGGGAAAAGCAACCUGUCCAGAGAUGAUGCACGUAGUGGAUAAAGUACUUGAUGAUUUGAAAACAAGAGGCUUGAACGUGCAAAUGAUUAACAUAACACAGUUAUCAGAAUACAGAAAAGAAGGGCAUCCAUCUAUAUACAGAAAACAAUGGGAACCUUUAAAAGAAGAAGAAAUCUCGAACCCGAAAAGCUAUGCUGACUGUAUACAUUGGUGCCUUCCUGGAGUGCCUGAUGUCUGGAAUGAGCUUCUUUAUGCCCACAUUCUUAACUAAUCUUUGAUAUGUUGUUAAUUAACUUCUCCUGAACAUUUAAUCAACGCAAAUUCCCGAUAAAUUUUGGGAAUUGGGAGUUUGAUUCUCAUGUUCUUUGCUUGUAACGUGUUUCCAUCUGAGUAAUCAUAUGGAAAAAAGAAAAGAAACAGAAAGAAAGAAAAUUGCUUGUUU